CCCCUGGGAGCAUCCUUGUCUUGCCGAGCGACCCGUAUGACCAGCAGUGAAGCCAUGGACACCCUGGGGCAGUACAAGAUCACUGUGUGGGAGGAGGAGAACUUCCAGGGCAAGCGCUGCGAAUUCCUCAUGGAGUGCCCCAGCAUCAUGGAGCGCGGCUUCCGCAAGAUCCGCUCCAUCAAGGUGGAGUCUGGCCCCUGGGUAGGCUUCGAGUACCCUGAGUACCAGGGACAGCAGUUUAUCCUGGAGAAGGGUGACUAUCCCCGGUGGGAGGCCUGGAGCGGGAACAGUGGCUACCGGACCGAGCACCUCCUCUCCUUCCGGCCUGUCAAAUGUGCAAACCACAAUGACAGCAAAGUCAUCCUCUACGAGGCUGAGAACUUCCAGGGUCACAAGUUUGAGCUGAGUGACGACUAUCCCUCGCUGCAGGCCAUGGGCUGGGGCAACAAGGAGGUGGCAUCCAUCAAAGUGAACGCCGGAGCGUGGGUGGCAUACCAGUACCCAGGAUACAGGGGCUACCAGUACGUGCUGGAGCGGGACAGACAGAACGGCGAGUUCAAGAAGUACAAUGAAUACAGCAGCCAGGCCCACACCAACCAGAUCCAAUCCAUCCGCCGCGUCCAGCACUGA